AUGCAAUCUACCCGUCUGCGAGGUACACAUUAUACACAUUUUAUUGAAGAGAAAGGUUCAUCGGAUCCAGUGAACGUUACAGGUCCUGUUGUAGGGUGUAUUGUCUGCCUAGCAAUAACAGCAGGUGUCAUUGCAGCUGUUUGGUUUUACAGACGAAGGAUAUGUCAAUUCAUAUCGAGGCUUAAAAGCGAAGAGAAAGGCAUUCGAGGAAACGCGGAAGUAGCUGAAUAUGAGAGAAAUGAAGAACACACAUAUGGAAACAUUACUGGUAUGGGGAAGGAGAGGAAACAGAUAAUUUCAGUGAAGAAUGCAUCAGCCGUAGUGGACAUCGAUGACGAACAAACAGACGAGCGAGUUGAUGAUUCAGCAACCAAAACUGACGAGACCCAUUACAACAUGGAACAAAAUAACCACAGAGUGAACGUGGACAAUUUACUUAAAUAUGUUACUAAGGAACACGUUGAUUCAUUUGAAAACGAAUUCAAGAAACUUAAUAACGGUUUGGAUUUGAAAGAGAGUUGCAGCUUUGCUAGAAAGCCCGAAAAUGUAGCAUUGAACAGGUAUAAUGGGAUAUACCCCUAUAACCAUUCUAGAGUGACUGUCCCAGGUCAACCGGCAUUUUACAUCAAUGCUUGUUACAUCGAUGGUUACAACAAAAGGAAAGCCUAUAUUGCCUCUUCAGGUCCUACUGCAAAGACUACCGAUACUUUCUCUACAUUCUGGAGUAUGGUUUGGAAUGAGAAAUCUGACAUCAUUGUUAUGUUGACAAAUCUCAACGAACCUUCGGGCAAGAAGUGUGAAAAGUACUGGCCAGAAUCGGAGAGAGAAGAAUUGUAUGGCCGAGUUAAAGUGAAAUGUCUGAGUGUAGAAGAAUAUGCUGAGUACACAGUCAGAACAUUCACUGUUGCAAAGGUAUUUUGAAACAUCAUAGGUAUAACCUAGCAACUUCUCGCAU